UUAAAUAUGAGUAUUUGUUAUUUUAUUUGUAAUGUAGUAUUUUAUUAAGCCAGUAAAUAUGAACCGACACAAACUGGUUGUACCACUGAUCGUACCAUCCAUUCCACUUGACACUUACUAUCUCGACGUAAAGGUAAAUAAACCGGUUUGACAAGCUUGAUCUUGAUAUAUAUAUAAAUAAAGACCUCCCAUAAGCUUGGGGAAUUGCACAGAAAAUUCAAAAACUUCUCUUAAUAUUCAGCCAUCAUUAUGGGCUUGGAAGACGGGACCGGUACUACCGAUCACAACCAAGACUCCGGCGCAACCAUCGCCGCCUCAGAAACGACGCCGUAUAUCGCGUGGCGGCGCAACUCACCGUUGGUCCAGGUGAUUCUAAUGGGGCUGGUCUGCUUCUGCUGCCCGGGCAUGUUCCGGGCACUCUCCGGGAUGGGCGGCGGCGGGCAGGUGGACCCCACCGCCGCCAACAACGCCAACACCGCCCUCUACGCCGCCCUCGCCGUAUUCUGCGUGGUCGGCGGCGGCCUGUUCAACAUCGCCGGCCCCCGGCUCAUGCUCCCCGCCGGAUGCAUCACCUACGCGCUCUACGCCUUGUCCUUCCUCUACUACAACCACACUCGGGACCAGACGGUCAUCGUCGUCGCCGGCGGGAUAUUGGGAGUCGGCGGCGGGAUGCUGUGGUCGGUGCAGGGAGCGAUUUUGACUUCUUACCCACCGCCGGAGAGGAAGGGGGCGUACAUUUCGAUGUUUUGGGUGAUAUUCAGCUCCGGCGGGGUCGUCGGCGGGCUGAUUCCGUUCUCGUUGAACUUCCACCGGGGGGCGGAUUCGGUUAACGAUGCGACGUACAUUGUUUUCAUUGUCUUCAUGGUUGCAGGCACGAUCCUUUCGAUCGCCAUCCUCCCGAAAAACCAGCUCCUCCGCGACGACGGCAGCCGGUGCACGUCCACCGCCCACUCCAACCCCGCGACGGAGACGGUCGAGCUCCUCAAGCUCUUCACCAACUGGAAGAUGCUCCUCCUCGCUCCGGCCGCCUGCGCCAGCAACUUCUUCUACACCUACCAGUUCAACAACGUCAACGCGGCCCAGUUCACCACCCGGACCCGCGGCCUCAACAACGUCUCGUACUGGGGGGCCCAGAUGGUGGGCUCCGCCGCCAUCGGCCACGUCUUCGACCUGGACCUGGGCCUCAAGAAGCCCAACAACAAGAGAAGGCACCAGGGCUUCCUCGGGAUCGGGACCGUGUUCCUCGUCAGCACCGCGAUCUGGGCCGGCGGGUUCGCGAACCAGCUACACUACUCGUUCGCCGACAUGCCCCAGCCCAAGCUCGACUUCAUGGACUCCGGGCCCAAAUUUGCCGGGCCGUUUGUGCUGUACUUUGGGUAUGGGCUUUUGGAUUCGAUUUUUCAGAGCAUGAUUUACUGGGUGAUUGGCGCGCUGGCGGAUGACUCCAAGGUUUUGAGCCGGUACGUUGGGUUCUACAAAGGAGUGCAGAGCGCCGGCGCGAGCUUGGCGUGGUGGCUUGACGCCCGGAGGGUUCCGAUGAUGGCUCAGUUGGCCGUGAACUGGGCGCUGUCGACGGUGAGUUUUCCGUUGCUUGUGGUGUUGGUGGCGCUGGCUGUUAAAGAUGAGCAGAAAGGAGAGCAAAAGGAAGAAAGAAAAGGGCAAGUCCACGGAGGAGAAAGCAGCUAGAGUAGUACCAUAGAACUUGCUGAUCCAACUUGGGGGCUCUUGCUUUGUCUUGAGAGUAUGUAUUCUACAUAAAAAUGGUAAAAAAAAAUUUCAGCGGUGGAAAUGCUCGUAAGAUGGAUUAUAUUUAUAGCUCCACUUACUGAAUGACUGCCGCUAAGUUGAUCCGACUCUUAUAGGGUCAAAAAGCUGACUCGUUUCUGAACUGACCGUAUAGACAAAAUUGACCCGCAUUCCACCUGGAGAAAAGAUCGGACGAUUCUUUACUGAUGGUUCAACUACUACUUGUGUUGCCCAUGACUCCUCCAAUCUACCUACGAUUCCCCCCCACAAUUACGAGUUUUAUAAAAGAAAAGCUUAAAUCGACAUCAAGUUCUUAGUGCGAUAAAAAAGGAAGUAAUUGAUGUGGCCUCUGUUAGCACCAACUCAAUGAACAUUUGACAUUUCA